GCUCGCGCUCGCCUCUAACCGAAAGCUCCCACGAAGCCUUCCCCUAUCGCGCAGUGCUUUUCCGAUAGCCGCGCCGACCGGUCGUGUUCCUUAUCUUUCGUGAACGCCCGCGCCGCACGCACGUAAAAUGCUACAAGAAAUUCAACUCGUUCAAGGUCAGACGAACUACGUAGUCGUCGCGUCUGGAUAUCCUUCAGCUACGUUAACGAAGACACCAGUAGAUAAGAGGAAUGUGCCAAUUGCUCCAGCUCCUGAAAAAAAUUACGUCACACAUGAUACUCCACCAAAUCUACAAUACAGGAAGAAGGUGCACUUCAGAACAAACCCUUACACUGGACCCCAGGCUGCAUCGAUCGCAAGACGUAACGCUCGCGAACGUAAUCGUGUUAAGCAAGUGAAUGAUGGAUUUAAUGCUCUUCGCCGACACUUGCCUGCGUCUGUUGUUGCCGCAUUGUCUGGUGGUGCACGGAGAGGAUCGGGAAAGAAAUUAAGCAAAGUCGACACACUGAGGAUGGUAGUAGAAUACAUUAGAUACCUGCAACAAUUACUUGAAGAAAGUGACGCAGCUUUAGGAAUUACACGAGACCAGGAAAAUAGAGAAAAUAUUCCUAAUGGAAACACACUGCAGUCUAUGACGACAAUGGACAUGGAUGAUGGAUUCUUCUAUGGCGGAGAAUCACCUUGUUCAGAGAAGCCGGACUCUCCUGCGCCCUCCGAAUGUUCAUCAGGGGUGUCGUCGGCAUACUCAGCUGAUCGGUACGAGGUCACGACAGCGACACAACAACAGCUCGGUCCUAUGGAUGAGGACGAGCUACUAGACGUCAUCUCAUGGUGGCAACAAAAAUAACAAAUAGGUGAAACGUUGAGUGAUACAACUGGACCCAACCCUCCGAAAACGAUGUUCAUUAUUUAUAAAUAGUGCAUUGAUCGUUACAUACGAAAAGACUCUUGUAUAUCUAGUCAAAUCAAUAGUGCCUUCAAUAUUUAGGUGUUAAGGUUUAGUUUUAAUUGCGGGAUAAUUUAUCAAGAUUUCUGUACUGCCUUGUUGACAGAUAGAAACGAUGUGCUGAUUUUUUUGUUUUAUUCGGGUGGGUUAUGAUAAUUGCACUUGUUUAAGUGUUUGACUGUAUAAAAUACCUCUAAAUUGUGCCGAUGGUUAUAGAGAUAAUUGUUUGGUAUAGGCUGUUAUUAUCAUACUUUUAGGAACGCUUUGUGAAACAAAAUGGUCGAUAGGUACAUGUUACCGUUUACUGAUAUUACCGAAACUACGCACUUUUAUUGUCGGCCGAGUCGA